CUGAUCCUCAAAAAACUGCACACAAGACACUUUGAUCUGAAUACUGAAAACCUGUUGGGUUCCACGGUAGAACAGGAGGCUAUUUUAAACUUACAAUCAUUACUGGAUGAACAGGAUCCUAUGCCACAACUAGGAACAGGUGAGUACCCGCGCUACCUUUUACCUAAGAGUGUCACCUUCCCUCCUACGACUUUGGUUCCUGAGGUGGAUAUGUUUAUCAAAUUGGUAAUUAGGGACUUGAGACGCCUGGCAGAAACAAGAGCCAGUGACAAUCUAACAUACCCCCAGCGAAAGGCUGUUCAAGAACUGAGGGCUUUGAAAAACGUGGUUAUAAAACCAUCAGACAAGGGGGGUAAUGUUGUCCUAUGGCCAUCUCAUAUGUACGAGAAGGAAAUGUUUAGACAACUACGUGAUUCCAAUUGCUAUAAGCGACUCACUUUUAACCCCCUGAUGUCUUAUCAACAGGAAUUAGCUCAUAUUCUGGACAAUGCUGUGGAGGAAAACAUCUUGAAUUUGAAACAGAAACAAGGACUAAUUAUACAGUACCCGACCAUCCCUACAAUAUAUCUAUUGCCGAAGAUCCAUAAGAACGCGCUGAUACCUCCUGGAAGACCUAUUGUGUCUGGGUGUAACUCCCUGACUGAACCAAUAUGUAAGUGGAUUGACUUUUUCUUGAAGCCUCUAGUCGAACUGUUACCUUCCUACAUUAAGGACUCAAAUGAUGUUCUACGUAGACUUGAUGGUGUCCAAUUAGAUGAUAACUCCUACCUUGUGACAUGUGAUGUAGAAUCACUAUACACGUCGAUAAGACACAAUGACGGUAUAGCAGCCACUAAAUUUUUUCUGGAAUCCAGCAAUUUGGAGGGAGACCUAUGUGCCUUAAUCCUGGAACUGUUGUCCUUCAUUCUAACGAGAAAUUUUUUCAUCUUUAAAGGGGUCUUCUACCUACAACUGCAGGGAACGGCUAUGGGGGCGGCUUGUGCGCCCUCAUAUGCCAAUUUGUUCCUUGGGUUGUGGGAGAGGACCCUUUUUACGUCGGAUACCUGCCCCUUGGCUGAAAAAGUACUGUCAUGGGGCAGAUACAUUGAUGAUAUCCUGUUUAUUUGGCAGGGUACACUAGACGAGUUGGAACAGUUCAUGGAUGCCCUCAAUAACAACAACUUAAACAUUCAUCUAACGCAUAAAGUGAAUAAAACUAAUAUUGAGUUUUUGGAUAUCCAGAUACAGGCGGACGCCAAUGGAUUUAUCCAGACGAAUCUACAUCGUAAAUCUACUUCAGCUAAUACCGUACUACACGCCAGCUCUGCUCACCCCACACAUUUGAUCAGAAAUAUUCCCAUAGGUCAAUUCCUACGUGCAAGACGCCUGUGCUCCACGGAACAGGACUUUGAAAUGCAGGCCCGUGAUCUAGAGAAAAGAUUCCGUGAAAGGGGCUAUAGCAAUCGGAGCAUUAAAAGGGCAUACUGGAGAGCGAAAAAAACGGAUCGUGCGUCAUCCCUACAUAGAACAAGGACCAACAAGACAACUGACAACCAGGUGAGGUGCAUUUUAGAUUAUAACUCUCGUAGCCAUGAGAUUAGGCAGAUACUUGAACAGCAUUGGCCCGUUCUACAAGUGGAUGAGACACUAAAUGGUAUGAUACCUUCGAGACCAGCGAUUGCAUAUAGACGGAAUAGAAACUUGAAGGACCUUCUGGUGAGGAGCCACUAUGAGACUGAGGAGCCAUAUUUAUUUGGCUCCAAGGGCCCCAAAAACGGCUGCUCCCCAUGUGGUAAAUGCCUUGCAUGUAGUAAUAUAUUACGGACUGAUAUGUUUCGCAAUUCAUCCUGUACCAAGUCAUAUGAAAUUAGGCAGAAAAUAAACUGUGUAACCAAAGGGGUGGUAUAUGUUGCACAAUGCCCAUGCGAAUUGCUAUACGUGGGCAUGACCACCAGGGAGCUCCGCCGACGGGUCAGAGAGCAUAUCCUGGAUAUUAAUGCGGCAGCCAAUGAAACAAACCUUCAGUCUUUGAAAACCCUACCAAGACACUUUAAACUUAAACAUAACAGUGAUGCCACUCUCCUCAAAUUCAUAGGUAUCGACCACGUCCCGGUGGGUAUCAGAGGUGGCCAAUGGAAGAAAUUGGUUGCACAAAGAGAAACGCGAUGGAUCUUCAGGCUGGACACACUUGUACCUCACGGCUUAAAUGAGAUAAACAGCUAUGCCCCAUUUUUAUGUGUUAUGAGACUUACCAACCAGGGCCAUCACGUGACUACUUCUAGCCUCCUUCUAUCGUUGGAGUGACCUUACCACCGGAAUCAUGUUGGGACUCCCUUUCUCUUAUCAAUUUUAAAACAUACUUUUUUAUGUACACUUCCAGGGUCACAAUCCUCUCUCUAUAUAUUCUUUUACAUAUAUUUUUAAUACUUUUUUUAUAUUUAUUAUUAAUUUUAUUACUAAUUUUCAAUUAAUUAUAUAUUCCUUGAUACGAUAUUUUUACUCCCACUUCUUAUACCCUAUGUUUUUUUAUGCAUGAUUACAAUCCCUCUUUCUUCUUAUCACCUCAUCACACUUCUACACAGGCCUUUCAAUCACAUAUAUACGUUUUUCACUCAUACUAUUCACUUCUUUCAUCCCAUCUUACACUCCGUACACUAAUCUCACACUACACUGUCACUCCCCUAUUUUAUAUUUUUUCUAUAUACCCACAUUUUUAUGCCCCUCUUUGUUUAUUUAUAUUAUCUUUGGGGCUCUAAUCUAAUUGCUUAAAUUAUAUUUAACAUUCACAGCUACCCAUUUAUUUAUUUAAUUAUGACAGCGGUACUAAUUAUUAAGCCAUUUUUCAUAUUUCCACU